GCAUUGGACGAUUAGAAUGAUGUUCUCUAUAUCCACCAGCAAAGCAAAGCACGAAUGAAAGUAGCUCAAACUGAGGUUUCGAGGCAACUAAAUAGCUGUAUUGGUAAACGUCGAUUGACAGAGUGAAAAGAAGGGAAUAAUAUAUUUUCAGAUUUUUGCCCAUCAGUCAAAAAAUAUAGACAGCCCGAGUGUGUAGUGAAAAACUAAAGAUCUAGUCCAGUUUGUGUGUUUUUUUUCUGGAAAAUCGUGAAGAAAAUUUCGCAUUUUCGUACUGUUUGUAGUGCAGAGGUGUGUUUUUUGGAGUUGAUUCGAAGCUAGACAACUAGAGUCUCAAAAUGGGAAAUGAAACGUCCUUGCCCAUGGAAUUAUGCUCAAAUUUCGACGCCGAUGAGAUCCGUCGCUUGGGCAAGCGCUUCAAGAAGCUUGAUUUGGACAACUCAGGCGCGUUGAGCAUCGACGAGUUCAUGUCCCUGCCGGAGCUGCAGCAGAAUCCACUGGUGCAACGCGUCAUAGACAUCUUCGACGCGGACGGAAACGGCGAAGUCGACUUCAAGGAGUUCAUCCAGGGUGUCUCGCAGUUCAGUGUCAAGGGCGAUAAGCUGUCGAAGCUGAAGUUUGCCUUCCGAAUAUACGACAUGGAUAAUGACGGCUUCAUCUCCAAUGGGGAAUUGUUUCAGGUGCUAAAAAUGAUGGUCGGAAACAACCUGAAAGACACCCAGUUGCAGCAGAUAGUAGACAAGACGAUUGUGUUCGCCGACAAGGACGAGGAUGGUAAAAUCUCGUUCGACGAGUUCUGUUCCGUGGUCGGCAAUACCGAUAUCCACAAAAAGAUGGUCGUCGACGUCUAAGGGAAACCCAUACAUCCACACACACACGUACACACAUAAUUAUAAGCAUAUACUGAUAUAUACAUAAAAAUACACUUUUACUUUCUAGCAAAAAGAAAUCUAAUUUAUUAAGUAAAAAAUAAGCAAGAGUGUAUGUGAACGUUGCAUCUGAUGAAAACAGGAAAACACAAACGUUGUAUUUUUUUAGUUGUUUCUAUGUUGUUUGCUAUCAUUUUUUUUCCUUAUUAUCAUAAUAUGAAAAUGUAUUAACACGAAAGAAAAGGCAUAGGGAAUAAGAUCUGUCUUGUGUGAGAAAGAUUUAAAACUAAACGUGCGCUUGUUUUCAAAGAAAGGUGACUUUUUCCCUCAAAAUCAAUCACGCAACCCAAUAGUGAAACACAAACAUAAUUACUACUGUGCAUUUGGUUGUCGUACUGUUCAUCUACGGUAAUAUAUUUAUUUAUUUUUUUAUACUGGUAAUAUCCUCUCCCUCUCUGUUUUAACGUUCAAUUCAUCGGAAGUGAAACACUAUGCAAGAUAAACCAAAAGUACCGUAAAAAGUGUGCAAUUCAAAGGCAUUGCUAACUAUUUUAACAUGCGAAUCUUAAGGCAAUAUAUUUAACAUAAAAAUGAUAGCAUGCGGCUCUUCUAACUGUCACGGACCACUACAAGCACGUUGAUCGAAAACAAACCCAAUAUUGGAGUAUCGCUCGCUGUAAGUACUUAAUGGAACAGAAAUAAAAACAACAAGCUAAAGUAAAUCAAAAGCAUCAUCAAUUACUACUAAUAUUAUACACUUUCACACAAACAAACACACACAUACACUGACAUAAAUAUGUAAUUGUCAUCCAUGCGAGAAAGCUACGUUAAAUGCAAAUUUAAAUUAUAGAAUAAUUUCCAACCUUUAUUUGUCAUAGGGCUUUUGAGUAUGUGAACAGUUGAGAGCAAAACAAAUAGAUAUUUAACAAACUUAUUGCCACUGUUAGAGAUUAUAUCGUAUGUCGUGAAUGUCUAGCUAAUUUUUCCCCAAAUUUAAUUGUACAUGCAAAACCAUAAGUAAAAUGGACGGAUAAAAGAAGAGUACUAUCGUAGAGUCUUAGGUUAGGAGCCAAUUUUUCUAUACACUAUACUGUUGUUGAGUCGAAAACUUAUUAUCCCGUUCAUCCCGAUUGAAUUGCGCUGCUCCCAUACUGUUUUAUACCAUCCGUUGUUACUAAUAUGAACAAACUUUAUUGAUUCGGAAUGACCCUCCCUUUUAACGAACCACCGUUGAUUAACGCUCUUCGUCUAUCGAUUUGAUAGAUUUAGUCUCGCCAAAAAAACAGGUCUUUCUGUUAAAAAUUCUCCAUUUUUGUAAUCCAUAGGUCAUUGAAAUGUUGUUGAGCACACGUACACACCUACUAUCGAUUAACAAAGCAUUAAAAUAACAGCAAACAUCGGAAUUUUAAAAUACUACCCAUCACUAGUUAUAUACUGAAUAGUCAACAUUUUCUUUUGUAUUGGCGUGUCUGACGACAGAUUGGCACGAAAUAAAAACUUGUUUCAGUUGAAUUGUGGCUGUCAAAGCUGAUAUACAACUAAAACAUGGUUUGUUGUUAAUCCCAAGAAAACAAUCCCAAACCUUUGCACCAAUCAAUCCAAUCCAGUGCAAUGAAUCGGAAAACAAUGCUGUUUGCUCGCAAUAGAAAAAAAAAACAAAUGUGCAAUCAACUCCCUAUUGUGGUCGGGGAUUGGAAUGGGAGCGCUUUUUUGGGUCUAAGCAGAACCAAUCUACCAUGACCACAGUAUGAAAUUCGAUAUCUAUUCGACGAAAACAAAGUGAAAACGAUGUUCAGGACAACAAAAAUAUGAGGGCAAUGCCGCCAGAUUCAGAGACAACAAUUUAUUCGUUUGACUGGCAUGCUUGAAACAAUGCAUUACAGAAAUUAUCUAUUUCUAUUACCUUACGAAUGAAUAAAAUAAAAUCUUUUUUCAAAACA